AUGGCAGUCUCCAAGGUUGUUGUUGGAUCGAAGAAGAAGAAGAAUCGUAUCGAAACAAGAAGAGAAGAAGAAGAAGAAGGGACAGAAGUGGGUGCAACAAAUUUGGACUGGCCACAACACCAGUUUGAUAUAAAGAAUGUCUUCCUACAUGGAGAACUCAAGGAGGAGGUGUAUAUGGAUAUUCCUCUUGUAUAUAAUACUACUCAGAGUGGAACAUUAUUCAAAUUACGAAAGGUAUUGUAUACAUUGAAACAGUCACCACGUGCAUGGUUUGGACGGUUCACCAUGGCAAUGAAGAACAAUGGUUUCAGACAGAGUAACUCAUAUCAUACUUUGUUCUUGAAACAUAAAAAAGGGAAGCUGAAGAAUUUACGCGGACUCAAAUAUUUCUUGGGGAUUGAGGUGGCCAGAUCACAACGAGGCAUAUUUCUCUCUAAAAGGAAAUAUGUCUUGGACUUAUUGACAGACACAGGAAUGCUAGAUUGCAAACUUGUAGACACUCCUAUUGUUCAAAAUCAUCAUCUUGGAGAAUACUUGUAUCAAGUUCCAACUAACAAAGAAAGAUAUCAAAGGAUACUUAGAUAUUUGAAGUCUGCAUCCGGAAAAGGACUUAUGUUCUCAAAACAUGGUCAUCUGAAUAUUGAUGGUUACACAUAUGCAGAUUGGGUAGGAAAUAUAACAGAUGGGAAAUCCACAUCCGAUUACUUCACAUUCGUGGGAGGUAAUUUGGUUACAUGGAGAAGCACGAAACAGAAGGUGGUCGCCUUAUCCAGUGCAGAAGCCGAUUUCAGAGGUACGACCAAAGGAAUUUGCAAACUCAUUUGGUUAAAUAGGUUGCUUACUGAACUUGGGUAUAGACCUACAUCUGUAAUGAAUCUCUUUUGUGACAACAAGGUUGCAAUAGCUAUUGCACAAAAUCUAGUUCAACAUGAUUGCACCAAACAUGUUGAGUCUGAGGAUCAAUUGGCGGAUAUGUUGACAAAAGCAAUUUCUAGUAAAGCGUUCCACAAUUCACUAGACCAGUUGGACAUUGGCGACAUUUAUGCACCAAAGUGA